AUGAGUGUUCUUCGCCAUCUACAUGCGAUGUUGUUGGUAUCUCAGCUCACUCACACCAAAGGGGCGCAGCCAACAAUAAAUUGUCAAAACUUCAAGUUUGUUAUCGAUGAGGAUGUCGUCUAUAAUCACAUUCUUGAGGGUCACGUGUUUCAAAGAUUGACAGUCCACAGCGCCACUCAGUGUCACAUGAAGUGCAAAGAUGACUGCCUGUGUGUAUCCAUGAAUUAUUUCCCUCUGUCCAAAGAAAAUAACUGUGAACUCAACAACGCUAACAAAGACAUGGAGCCAGCGGCGAUGAAAUGGAGUCAAGGAGGAAAUUAUUAUGAUUUAGUGAGAAGCUACACGGUGAAGGGUGGAGGAAGCUACAUUCCAGGGAUACAUCGCUGCGUUAAUAGAUGCUGCAGCCAGAAUCCCUGCCUCAACGGGGGAGUAUGUCAGGAGAUUUGUGACAAUCACAGCCCCAGGUUUAAUUGCACCUGUUCUUACAAAUACACUGGUAAGCGUUGUGGUCAGACUACACAUCCAAGAAACUGCAAAGACAUCGCUAAUAACGGAGCCUUACAAUCAGGAAAAUACGAUAUUUUUGAUUCAGCCGAUAAACCGUUCUCUGUUUACUGUGACUUGCACUCAGAAUCUGGCUUUGUAUGGGCACUCAUACAGUCGUUCUCCAUUGCCAAUAAGGCCACAUAUAAGGAUAAGGGGUUUGGCACGGAUUUUCCUGUGAAUGACAAUAACAAUGAACCGGAAUGGAACUCUUACCGCCUUUCCUUAUCACAUAUGCAGUCUCUCUCAAAUCACUCCACACAUCUGAGAGUAACAUGCAACUUACCUGCAGAUGGCCUGCAGUAUACGGACUACGCACGCGCAGUUCUGGCAGGUCAUGACAUAUUCGGUGACUGGGGUGGAGAUUGCAUACUGUUUGAGUAUAUUAACAUCCGUGGAAUUAACUGUUCUGGUUGCACCGCCUACACGAGAAUGGAUCUUAAUGGUGCUUGGUUCGUGAACAGUUUCAAAAGCAAGGAAAACGGAUGCGAUUUUGAUGGGUCACCAGGAGCAGUUGACAACGAAAAUAAUUUUGGACGGUAUCGUUCCGGAGCAAUAAAUACGAAUCACCGCUGCUCCUCUUCGGAUCCUUCUACAACGCAAUACUGGUUUGGGGUUAAACAUGAAUAG